UUAUCUCUGAUGGUAGUACUUUGACAGCUGUUGUGUUUUGUUUAUGUUUGGGGCAGUUGUGUGGAGGCGUGGGUGCUUGUCGUUGAAGUUGAUGAUUUGUUGUUAAUUGUAUGUUUGAAUAUAGCUAUGUGUAUGGGUGUUUCGUAUAGGCAUGUGUCAGUAAGUUAUUGGUGAACAAGUCCAGUCAGUUGAUGUAGUAGAUGGGGAGAAAUCAGCUGUGAUUUUAGUUAAUAACACACCUGACACUGAUUCUGGAACAGAUGGAAAAUAAUUGCGGUGAGCGGUAACACAGUGUGGAGUUCGUAUCUAAGGUGCAAAUCCUAUGGGGCUGUUGCUUCUCCAUUGUGCGUUGUUUUUUCCUUAUUCUCGGUAGUGAAAAUUACCCUGCAAUGUGAGUGUUGCAAUGGAUAACAUGGGAGAAAAUGAUUCUCUGAUAAUAAAAGAAUAUUUGUCACUAAAUGGACAGUGCUUGGGGGAAACCAGUACUAGUUCGGGGGAAUCAUGUAAUAAUGUUGUUGAUUGGUGGAACGAAAGUGGUUCAGACACAGUUUCGAGUGCAAGUUCAUAUACUGAUUCCGAAUAUGAUGGGUCGUUAUUGGAAUGGGAAACAGAGAUAAAUGGAAAAGGGGAAGUUUUCUUUGUGGAAUCUCUGUGCACAUCAGAAAGUGGUAAUAGUACCUCCUUGACCAUGAUCGCAAAAUCAGAUAGUAGAGAGAGUAUUCCACAACACGCAACUCGACGGAGUACCAAAAGUAAACUUGCUCGAUUGAUUAAGCAUCGAAGUAGUAAGCGGCUCAGACGGAAGAGUGCAAAAAUCUCAUCAUCUUUGCCAUCUACCCCCAGAGAAGUAACUGUUACACAAGAAUAUUCCAACAGCAAAGUGACAUUCCAGGACUGGCAGCAAGGAGAGAUUCGAGAGGUGACAAUCCCAGUGAAUGGAAGAAUGGUCCACAAUCUUGGACGACGUGCCACUUUGUCUGAAAUGUUACUGGGUUUAACGACUAGUAAAUUUGGUGAUGGCACUCGAGUUAUGGUUGCUGGAUUCAUCCCAAAUGGUGAAGCUGCCAAACACUGUGGUAUUAAAAUUGGUGACUGGUUACAGAGUAUUAAUGGUCAGGAGGUCAAUGGACAAACACUUGAUGCAGUUCUGUCAGCAGUGAAGCCCCCUUGUGAGGUCACUUUAACACUCCAACGUAUAGCAGGUUACGAAGUCACUAUAGAUGAAUAUCAGGAUAACCAGAGAAAGGGUCGGAGGCAGUCAGAAUUAGUGCGCCGGCUAACAGGAGUAGAUCCUCCACCACCACUUAUUGGACAUCCAGUAGCUGUGCUUUACAUGUCUGUAACAAAUGAGAUGGACUCGAGACCAGAAGACACUGACAGAAGUCAUGCACUGAUCUAUUGUUUCCCUGCACAAUCAUCUCCUUCACAACAGGAUACAUUCGUUGCAGCCCGGGGUGCCUUCAUUACUCUGUGUCACCUUUUCCCAAAUGCUGGUGCCUCGACACCUACCAGUUCCAGUGUUAUGGUCAAUGAUGAACUGGUACACAUUUUGUAUUCACCACACAAUGAUGGACUAUUGCUGCUGGCUGUGCCUGAUAGUAGGUGUCCAUUGUGGGAAGCACACCAGCUUCUGGCAGAUAUUAUUCGUAACCUUGAAUUUUGUUAUAAGACAGUGCCUAGAGCCUUCUCAGAUGAAGCUAAUCUUCAGGCCUUGGAUGAUUUCUUCGCACUGUUCUUCAUGCGCAUUCUCACCGGUGGCAAGUGGCCAGCUGAGAGAGCUUCCCCAAUGUUGCAGGAUGAAAAUCCAUGCAUGAUUUCAGCAAAAUUUGAAGAACUGCUUACUGUAGCACAUUGGUUGACGGUGCCUCAUCAUAUACAGGUACAGAUAGACAACUUGCUGAGUCAUAUGGAAGCCAAUGAUUUUGGAGAUAUGAAUGAAGAUUUUGACCACCAGCAGAGAUUAUAUACAAUCAUAGGAUCAUGCUAUUAUCACAAGGGACACUUACUUACGUGGCACAUAGAACAAUGUAUACUGGUCCACAUUCACACAUUUUUACGACAGCAUUGCUUGCUGGAACUCAACCAUAGAGAAGCAGUGCUUUCACUUCUGGUGUGGAGGGAAGUCUUUUUACCAAUAACAGCACCUCCUGGAGCUCGUCAUUUCCUUUUAUGUGCAGGACAGGGUCAUGACUUACUUGUGGUCUUGCUUGAAUCAGGAGGCUGUGCCCUGACGGCAAUGGAAAAAACAGGCCCAGAUGUGUGCUAUGUGGAAAUGGCCCAGGAGGUACUACAUUCCAUCCAGAAGACUGGUAUUUCUUCAGUUGCUUCCAAAUGGUUAUCUGCAAAUUGCCGUCCACAAAUUACAACACCGGAUCUAUUGCUGUCUAAUAAAGCCUCUCGAAAAGCAGAGAACUUCCUUGGUUUUGUCAAGCAGCUAGAUUCUUUGACACCAACAAAAGCAUCAUCAGUAACAGGUAACAGUUUUGUAUUACCGAAGAAGCAGCCAGAAGUUACAUCGAUCUUAAAAAGGCGAAGCAGUCCAGACAAAGGUUAUGGGUACAUGUCUUCAGGUGUGUCACUACAAGGCUCUACAUCAGAAGACUCAGCUAGUCAGGCAACAAGUGUCAUGAGUGAAAUGAGUGAUGAGUCAGCUCCCAUUUUGGGUCGGAGAGCUGAAAGAGAACGUAUAACAAGACAUGGCAGUGUAGACAGAUUUUCUGAAUCACCUUCAGAACAAUCAGAAGAGUCGGAAUCUGACUGGGAGGAACAUGUCACUGAGGGCAGUCCUUAUGAUCCAACAUCAUUUGGAAAGCCUGUAGCAUUGGAAAUGGAUGAUAUCAUACCAUCAAAACUAACUACAGGAGAUGAUAAUGUGUUGUUCCAUUAUGUUGAUCUUAACAUCUGUGAAGGUGUUCUCUUAUCGCCUUCAGUUUUCAGUGAACAGAUGCAAUCACAAAAGAUGCAGGAGAUUCUCACAAACUUUAAACUCAGCAGCCAAGCUAUCCACAAACUUCUACAAAACACUGUUUCAUUCAAGAAACUCAUGAAUCAAGAAAUAAACAAGGCCAUCAUAAACAAAGCAUUGGUUGCUAUUAAAGAAUGUGGCAUGUUGUUUGAGAUGAACAUGCAGCAGUCACAAAAUGGAAGAAAAUCAGCAUCCACAAUGACAUACUGGGUUGUAGGGAGGCUGUUUUUCACUCCGCAUCCCCGAGAAGUUUAUGUGUGUUAUCAAGACUGUACAUCGCAGAACAUGGUGGAAAUUGCAUUCAGACUUGCACUUAGUGCCGCUGGUUGAAUUGUGUGUGAAUAGGGUUACAUUGUACCAGCUACUGAUCCAAGGAAGUGCCUUACACAUAUAUGAAACCAACACUUUUACAAACACUCAAAGGAUUACAUUUCAUGAAUGUUAUAUGUAAAUAAAGGCUGUUUUGUGUAAAAAAAAUUAUAAACAUUUUCAGUAUAAAAAAAUGUUUGUUUCUAAAUGCGUGCAUGUAAAUUCAAUUUCCAGAAAUUUGGAGACAUUGGGCUGCUGAAAGUUUUGUAAAACCAACAUUUCUCAAUAGAUAAGAAAUUAGCAUGUCUUCUGUAUGCAACAAACUGAUAAUACGAUUAUUAUUGUGAUGUAAGACUCAUUGCCAACAUGCCACACAUUUAAUGCAGUUAAUAAUAAGUAUAGCUGCCAAAAAGUUGCCUGAUUCACUGACUGGAAAUGUCACUGUGGAGAUCCUUGAUUUCAGGAAGUCCAUGAAGAUGAGAUGUGUAGAAAGUAUUAAAUAUGAACAAGAAGCAUGUUAAGCACAGACAGAAAAACUCUUGAAAUAUAUACCUGUGGAUGUAAGUAAUGUAAUAAGGCUGUCCAGAGAAUGACAAAUCUGUGGAGGGUUGUAUGUAGAACUCGGAAGUCUUUGUCCAGUCCACAUACCAAGUAGAGGAAUGAUGUCAAGAAUAAAAGUGUGCUCUUUGUGAAAACUGGACACACAAUACAUUGAAAUUCUAAAUGCUUAUAUCACAUAUAAAAGUCAUUUCUGAAUACAAAAAAAGUAUUUCCACAUGUUCUCACAUUUUUGCAGCUAUUUGUAAUGUUGUCAAUGAGUGUCCUUCAAAUACUCCACACUGUUUAAAAUACAAACACUGAUCAAUACAGAACAGCUUGAGAAUUGCACACUGAAAGAAUAUUGUACCAAUGGACUGCAAAAGACACACUGACGUUACAUGUAUCUUUUGUUAUACUGAGAAGAAGGGGGCAGAGUCAUUGAUGAAGUGACCAUUGAGAUUGGUCUCAUGGAGAAUUAUUUUCAUGAUAGUUCUUCCAAUUAUCCUGGUUGUAUAAUCUGUGUCUAACAUAUAUCUGUGAUUAGAAGCAUGAUGGUUCUCAUAAUUUUUGCUAGUUAACACCACCACACCAACUGUCAGAAGAGAAAUUUCAUUGAAUUCUCCCACAGACAUUAUAAUCAGGGUAUGGUUGUACAGAUCAUACAUUCCAAUUUGGAUUUAACCAUGUUUGCAGAAUCCUGCCAUGAGCAUUUCCACUGAAAAGCCAAAGAAACUGGUACACAUGCCUAAUAUCAAGUAGGGUACCUGUGAGCAUGCAGAAGUGUCACAGCACAACAUGUCAUGGAUUCGACUAAUGUCUGAAGUUGUGCUGGAAAGAAUUGACACAAUGAAUCCUGCAGAGCUGCCCAUAAAUCCAUAAGAGUACGAGGGGUUGGAGAUCUCCUCUGAACAGCAUGUUGCAAGACAUCCCAGAUGUGCUCAAUAAUGUUCACGUCUGGGAAGUUUGGUGGCCAGCAGAAGUGUUAAAAUCAGAAGAGUGUUCCUGGAGCCACUAUGUAGCAAUUCAGUAUACGUGAGAUGUCGCAGUGUCCUGCUGGAAUUUCCCAAGAGUGUCACAAUGCACAAUGGACAUUAAUGGAUGCAGGUGAUCAUACAGGGUGCUUAUGUACGUGUCAUAUGUCAGAGUCGUAUCUAGACAUAUUACUCCAGCUGCACAUGCCUUCACCUGCUUGAACAGUCCCCUGCUGGCAUGCACGGUCCAUAGAUUCUUGAGGUUGUCUACAUACCUGUACACAUCUGCCUGCUCAAUACAAUCUGAAAUGAGACUCGACCGACCAUGCAACAUGUUUCCAUUCAUCAACAGUCCAUUGUUGGUGUUGAUGGGCUCAGGUGAGGUGUAAAGAUUUGUGUCAUGCAGUCAUCAAGGCUCCAAAACCCCAUAUUGAUGAUAUUUCAUUGAAUGGUUCACAUGAUAACACUUGUUGAUGGCCCAGCAUUGAAAUCUGCAGCAAUUUGCAGAAGGGUUGCACUCCUAUCAGGUUGAACAAUUGUCUUCAGUCGUCGUUGGUCCCAUUCUUGCAGGAUCUUUUUCCGGCCACAGCGAUGCCGGAGAUUUGAUGUUUUACCGAAUUCCUGACAUUCAUGGUACACUCACGAAAUUGUCAUAUGGGAAAAUACCCACUUUAUCGCUGCCUUAGAGAUGCUAAGUCCCAUCACUCAUGCACCGACUAUUACACAAUGUUCAAAUUCACUUAAAUCUAGGCUUUGCCUACUGCAGGGCCAUAUUCUGCCUGUUUACUUAUCCCUGUAUUUAAAUACGCAUGCCUAUACGAGUCUCUUUGGUGUGUCAGUUUAUUUUGAUACAUUGGUACAGAAAGUGAAUAACAGCAGCAAAAACGUUUUUGUUUUUUUAUUAAUAUUAUCCCUUUUGACAUACUGGAAGGCAAAUACAGAAUCAGAACAUGCUAAUAUAUUCCAAAUGAACAUCACUAGUUCAGUGAAAUGUUCUGACUCACUAUUUAGUGCACAAAUACAUGAUAGCAGAUUUACUACAUUAUGUGUUUUGUCGGGUACCCAUUAUGGGAAAAAUUAUACCAGCAAUAUAUUUUGUUAAAAAUUUGAUGGGUAUGUUAAUUUUUUCGUGUUGCAAAAGAGUCCCAUGUUAUGUUUUCUUCAGUUUUCAUAUAUGUAUCAUAAAUUAUUCACAUUGUUAAUAUUUCUAAUUAAUUAAUUUAUUUAUUAACCAGAUGAUUCUCAUUGCAGUACAAAUGUAAUUGUAGGUAAUAAACAACCUUUUUACUUU